AUGAACGAAAUUAAACUAAUCGGAAAUAUUCUUGCUGAAGACAACGACUCAGACGAAGAACAAUUCAGACGGUUCACCAAAACCAAGCGGCAUGUGCUCCUCAAUAAAGAUGAACUUGACCAACUCAUUGAAAGACCGACAUCGGCUCCUUCUGUAUAUUUGUGGGAUAGAAAAUUAGCCUUAUUUUUAAAUAACAAUUUUUAGAUGGAUUUUAUAAUAUUAUUAGUAUUUUACAAUAAAAAUUUUAAUUAUUUAAAAUAAAAAACCCAAUAUUUGCCAUUUCCACAAGUGUUUUGGCCAGAAAAAGAGGAAGAAUAUUCUAUUCCGAAAGCUACGAAUGAUUUAGCAGCUUUAAGUAUAAAUGAAGAUCCAAAGCCUGCACAGCCAUCUGUGUAUGGGCCAUCGCUGAAUUUAGGUGCGGCUGAGUUUGUGCCAGGGAACUUCCAAGUAUCGAUGCCUCCACCGAAACGUAGUGAGUUGGCAGAUAUAAGAGGCCGAAUAGCCGAGAUGUCUAGAGAGCAGGCAGGAUCAAGAUAUUUGCAGCAGAAGAUCGAAACAGUACUCCCAGAAGACAAACAACUGAUUUUCGAAGAAAUCUACAGAGCUGGUUUUGGGCUGCUUGUCGAUGUCUUCGGAAAUUACGUAGUUCAGAAAGUGUUAGAAUAUGGAAAUCUAGAACAAAGAAGGUCAAUUGCAAAUUUGAUGUCAGGAAGAGUCAUUGAGCUCUCCACCCACAUGUAUGGAUGCAGAGUUGUCCAAAAGGCUUUAGAAGUGGUAGAAAUAGACCAAAAAAGAUAUUUGGCUCAUGAACUAAGAGGACAUGUGGAAAAAUGCGUUGAGGACCAAAAUGCUAUAUUAUAGAAAAUUAAUUAUAAGCCUAUUAAAUUUAGCCAAUUUUUAGCCAAAAUUAAUGAUAUAUGGUAUAAUCAUGUUGUACAAAAAUGCGUAGAAGUGCUCCCUUAUCCUUAUAUGAGCUUUAUUGUAGAUGACUUAAGAAUGAAUACCAUUUAUUGGGCUGAGCAUGCCUAUGGCUGCAGAGUUGUCCAAAGAAUUAUCGAAUUUUGUCCUAAAGAAGCCAUCAUGGAUAUGGUCAAUGCAAUUAUAAGAAAUGCUGUUGACCUCAGCAAGAAAAAUUAUGGCAACUACGUUAUCCAGCAUAUCCUUGACAAAGAACAAGCCCCAUUAAAAUCCCAAUUAAUUGUCUCUUUCCUUGGAAGACUAUAUGAGCUUAGCAAACAUAAAUUCGCCAGCAAUGUCAUAGAAAAAUGCUUAAUUGUAGGCAACCCUGAACAUAUAAGGGCUUUUGCCAAAGAACUAUUUGCCCCUGAGCAUGUAUUUGAGCUUAUGACUGACAAAUUUGCCAAUUUUGUGAUCCAAAAAGCACUGGAAGUUUCAAGAGGUGAGGUACAAAAUCAGCUGAUUUUGAAAGUCACUGAGCACUCAGCUGCUUUAAAGACUUUUCCGUAUGGCCGACAUGUGUUGACUUGUUUGGAAAAAGUGAAAAAAGGAAUUUCUAAUCAAUAA